GGUUCCUGAAGCCCCAGUGCUCAAUUCCACCGCAUCCUCAGAGAGGACGAGAAGUAUGUACGUGUUUCACCGGCAUGUGUGCUCUUCAUCAACGCAGGCUUUCUACAGACUCCGGACCAAUGACGUCCUCCCCUCUCAGCUCACCCACAUCCCACCGGGGGAUGCACCCGUCUUUGCUGAGCCCGACUACUUUAGGCCACUCGGGGUCCCUGCAUUCUCCCCAUAGCACUCUGAGCUCACCCAUGAAUGGCCUGGGUUCUCCUUUCUCUGUUAUCAGCUCGCCCAUGGGGCCACAUUCAAUGGGCUCACCAGGGAUGGGCUACGGCCCCAGUGUCAGUCCACAGCUGAACUCGCCCAUGAACUCUGUCAGUAGCUCAGAAGAUAUCAAGCCGCCCCUGGGUUUAAACGGCAUGAUGAAGGUGCCGACGCAGCCUUUGGGAACCCCCCUGUCCCUCACCAAACAUAUAUGUGCCAUCUGCGGCGAUCGCUCCUCAGGUAAACACUACGGUGUGUACAGCUGUGAGGGAUGCAAAGGUUUCUUCAAAAGGACCGUGCGCAAGGACCUGACCUACACAUGCCGAGACAGCAAGGACUGCAUCAUUGACAAACGCCAGCGCAACCGCUGCCAGUACUGCCGCUAUCAGAAGUGUCUGGCCAUGGGAAUGAAGAGAGAAGUUUUGUUACACACAGCCGUCCAGGAGGAGCGCCAGCGAGCCAGAGAUCGUAAUGAGAAUGAGGUGGAGUCCACCAGCAGCGUGAAUGAGGACAUGCCCGUGGAGAAGAUCCUGGAGGCCGAGCUCGCCGUGGAGCCCAAAACAGAGACGUACAUCGAAACCAACUUGGCCAUGACUUCAAACUCACCCAACGACCCCGUCACAAACAUCUGUCAGGCCGCAGACAAGCAACUCUUUACUCUGGUGGAAUGGGCCAAAAGGAUCCCACACUUCUCUGAGCUCCCUCUGGAUGACCAGGUCAUCCUCCUGCGAGCAGGGUGGAAUGAGCUCCUCAUUGCGUCAUUUUCACAUCGCUCUAUAGCAGUGAAGGAUGGAAUACUGUUGGCCACAGGAUUACACGUUCACAGGAACAGCGCCCACAGCGCCGGCGUUGGAGCCAUAUUUGACAGGGUCCUGACAGAGCUGGUGUCAAAGAUGAGAGACAUGCAGAUGGAUAAAACAGAGCUGGGGUGCCUUCGCGCCAUCGUCCUGUUCAACCCAGACUCCAAAGGUCUAUCGAACCCUGGUGAGGUGGAGGCGCUGAGAGAGAAGGUUUAUGCCUCUCUGGAAGCUUACUGUAAGCAGAAGUACCCUGAACAACCUGGAAGGUUUGCUAAACUCUUGCUGCGGCUCCCGGCCCUGCGCUCUAUCGGACUGAAGUGUCUAGAACACUUGUUCUUCUUUAAACUCAUAGGAGACACGCCCAUCGACACCUUCCUCAUGGAGAUGCUAGAGGCGCCCCACCAAAUGACAUAAUAAAAUAACUCCCUCUUGUUGCUGGGGGAAAUGAGGGUCCGUCCACCCCUACCACAACCCCCCCAAAAAACUGAUCAUGUGACACCAUUUGCCAGUGAGUGAAGAGACUACAGGAUUGACUUUUCAUAACCUCUUCGGCAUUUCAUAUACAGUCUUGGCAUCAAUGGGUCUGUUUUAUACCUUGUAUAAAGAUAUAAAUAUAUAUAACACAUUAAAAAAGAUGACGGUGGUCUUCAAGCCCACAGACAACAAUGCACACGGGUGUAUCAAACUAUUCUUCAGUGGGUGUAUGUUGUAAAAACGAUGAUGGAGAAACAGAAGAGAUUAGAUUAAGGUGCAGCGCUUCACCGGGCAGUCGCAGGAUUGUGCAUUUUGGGAUACGAUGAGGGAUCCUCUAGAGUGGGUGGACUUGCAAGCGACCUUGCAUUCAGUAUUUAGAGUUGGUUAGGACCAACUUCUGCAGAGACAGUUGACAUGUCUGGACGCAAAGACUUAUGGGAAAUGCUAAGGAUGAAAUUGUGAGACUGGUAGCUUGAAGAUUCCAACACAAAUCUUGUGUUUUUGAUCCACGGUGGGAGCUACACACAUUCCCGAAUGUUAUUGAGAUUAGAAUUCUUUUACAAUUGCCGCUUGUUUCUUAUAAGAAACUUUUCCCGAUAGAUUUUGUAAUUGCAGUCAAGUUUCUCUGAAUGAAAACUAUCAAAGUUACAGACUGGACUCUUUCAGUCCAGAUCACUCUGCAGGAUACGCAAUAACCACUCAGGUUCCAGUGCUGAUUUGAGUAGAUCCCAAUGCGGUCCAUGCCGUCCUGCCACAUGUUCUGCGGAUACAGAGGAACAAGUUGGAUCAUGACUUCAUUACGUACUAUAGACACAAGUUUUUAAAAAUCUAAUCUGCCUGUCACAGGGAUACUCGGAGCAUCGCUGAAGCAUCAAAGUUUAAACCCGAGGACACCUGUAAGUCGCCUACACAUCCCCUGUGUGUGUCGUCUUUAUACCAGUUCACCUCAAGUCGAAUUGUUAACUAGCUCAACGCUUGUACAGUUUAUUACAACCAACUCAGUAUUGGUAUCCUGUAUUUUUCAAACGUGCAGUUACCUCUCUUUUACUCACUUUUACUACGGUAUAUCGAGUCCUUUGUGUCCCUCGUUCACGUCUCAUGCAGUCAAGCUUUUGUGCAUUAUUACAAUGUUCUUUGUUUCAAAGCACUUAAUCCUCAUAUUUCAAGCCCCAUUGCUGUUGUGUUGUGAAAAUGGAGGCUUGGGGGAGUUUUAACCAGCAAGCAUUCAUAAUGUCUCGAAAGAAACUUUUUUUACAAUUUGAGUUUUUGUGAAAUAUUUUUUGGGGGGGUCUGUAAUUCGCCAUCUUCAACGUUUUCUUUCUUUUUGCAAGCUGCUGCUGCUAAUCUAUGCAUUUAGCAUUUUUCCCAAAGACUGUCCAUAGAAAAGUUGAAUUCUUACGAACUGGACGGCCAGAUGGGUUCGGAAAGAUCACAGAAUGUGUAUACAAGAAUAAAGUGUCUCGGUUCCCGGGAGACCAGAUUUGGAGGUCCAGUCAUAAUACCAGACAGCCGUUUGAAGAGAGACAUUAGACUUGUGUCUCAGAGAUAGAGUGAAGUCUAUAGGUAGGGAAUUGUGAGGCAAUGGGAGAGCUGAUACUUCCCCCUAGUGGUGGAGAUGCAGCACUGCAACUUUACUUGAAUUUUGUACAAGUAUUUAAUCGGAGGAAUGGCACUUUUACAUGAUGUUAUCCAUGUUUGUUUUUGUUUGAGUGCAGUUUCACAAACGCUCUUUAGCAAUAGCGUGAUUUAAAUCAGUCAAAAUGGUUUAGCCAGAGUUAAAUCAAUGCUUUUUUUUAGGAUGUCUCUCUGUGCUAUGGAUGAAAUGUGUUCUAAAAAUUAUCUUUUACCUCAUUGCCCUUUUUUCUUUUAGGGGGAAAAUGAAUCGAAUUGGCUUUGUAUGGCUUUUAAUAGAUGAGUGUCUCAGAUCACAGGUAUCUUGAAGCCAUAUGCAGGUUUGUAAGUUUAUUAAUGAAGAAAUUGAAAUGGACAAGAGAUUUCUGAACUAAUGCAGAAAUGAUAACCUAGAUCGAAUUAAUACAUACACAAAUGCUUUAUAACAUAAAGCUAUAUUUUGUCUAUAUGUAAAUGUGUGUAUAUUUCUAAAUAUGAAAGUAUAUAAAUUGUUUCCAGACAAGUGGGAGCCAAGAGUUUGGCUUAAAUUGACUAAAACCAGGCCUGAUUGCACUCUUAUAUUAUCAGAUAUUCGAAUCUUUUUAUUUGCUGAAACUUUUGUAUUCAGCCUUAAAUCAAAAGAAUGAACUGAAAAUGUUAAACUAUACCAGCAGUUCCAAGCCCUUAGAAAAGAUUUUUCACCAGCUCCUUGACCGAAUCAUUUUAACUACAAAAACAAAAGCCUAGUGGGUGAAAAAGAUAAAGAAACAUGUUGCUUAGCUGAUUUAUAUUGUAAAGUGUAGUAAACAGUAACUCUGACACAAUCACACCUUUAGUCGUUACAGAAACAGAACGUUUAAAAAACAUUGAGAAAAUUAUAGGAAAAAUCUAUUUUUGUACAAAUGUAAUUUUAUCCCUUGCUUAUUCCCCUUCCUCCUCCUGUGGGUUGUUGUAUACAUUGUGUAAAUGUUGAUUUGAAAUGGGGAGAAAAUACAAAUCUGAGCAUUUUAAAGUGAGGCGUGUAGCUCUGACACCUUCACUUUCACCUGUACUUGCCUUAUUUCUUUCUUUUGCCAUCUCAAAGAGAUGCGAUUGUCCUCUCAUCACGUUUUUGUCUAUUUUUAAUGAAACAAAUAAGUCAUUUGUUCAUUGUGGGUUGUUCUUUGAUGUUUUGUCUUUCAUGCAAAUAAAAAAAUAAAGUUAAAAAUG